AUGUCCCUGCUCCAUCUACUGGCCCUUUCGCUCAACGCUCCAAGCACCAAAUCCUCGUCGCACGCCAGGGCUCGGCUCGUCUCGCGUCGGCAGCACCUGCAGACUGCGGCUGCGCUGAUCGCCCUGCCACCGCUCUCCGCUGCCGCCGACCAGUGCGAGACGGACGGCGCAGCGUGCGAGCUGGUCAUCCCACAGCAGACACUACUCGCCGGCCUGACGAGCGCGCCCGUGCGCCACGUCACCGUCACCGGCGCGCCAAGACACUUCCGAGACGCCUCCUGCGCCUCCUCGGGCGUCGGCCUCGCAGGCGCCAAGCUGCUGACGGCGGCGGGGCACAAGGUGACGCUCGCGUGCCGCACGCAGGCCAAGGCGGACGCGGCGGCGACGGCAUGCAUGGAGUACGCGGCGGGUCUCUCGGCCGCUGGCCCGGCGGGCAUGCCCGACUUUUACGCGGCGCGGAGGGCGGGCGGCAGCGCUGUUGGCGCCGCGUGCGACCUGUCGAGCCUGAGCUCGGUGCGCGCCUUCGCCGCCUCGAGGAAGGGUGAGCCGCUCGACACGCUCGUGCUCAACGCGGGGCUAAGCCUGAACGUGGGCGAUCCUGCCGAGCAGUUCACCGCGGACGGGUACGAGCUCACGGUCGGCACGAACCACAUCGGCCACUUUGCCCUCGCGACUCUGUUGCAGCCGACGCUCUCGAAGAGCUCGCUCCAGCCGCGGCUGCUCGUGACGGCGUCGGGGGUGCACGACCCGGCCAGCGGCGGGGGCAGACAGGGCGGCCCCGAGAAGUGGGCGAGCCUCGGCGAGCUCAAGGGACUUGCGGGCGGGAGGGCGUUCACAAUGGUCGACGGAGGGACGUACGACCCCGACAAGGCGUACAAGGACUCCAAGCUGUGCAACAUGCUCUUCAUGGCCGAGGCGGCGCGGCGGUGGGGGAGCGGCGGCAUCACGGCAAGCGCCUCGUGGCCGGGGACAGGCCACCGGAGAUUGCACGAGAACAGGCUGUUCGGCUCCGUCUUCAGCGGCAUCUCCAAGGCGGUCGGCGUCGCGGAGACGAACGACUUUGCGGGCUCCGCCCUCGCCUACCUCGCGGUAGACCCCGCCAUGGACGGGCAGACGGGCGGCUGGUACGACGCGCUGCCGCUCGGCAAGCACAGCACUCACAUUUGCUUGGCAGGCUCAUCAACGAACACUCGCAAGCACUCGCUCGGCAAGCAUGCGCCCUCGGCCGAGGCACGCGACGCGGCCAAGGCGGCGAAGCUGUGGGAGCUCUCCGAGGGCCUCCUCGCGUAG